UAUAGCAGUUAUAUUCUAUUUUCAUUCAACUUAAUAAUCAUGUAUAUGAAUGCUUUUUCUGAUAUGGGUUUUUGUUUCUUGCUAAAAUAAUGCGAAAAUUCAAACUUUAUCUCUUAUUUUUAAACUGCUUUUUUGAUUUUCAUUUUGAAUAUACUUUGAGUUUUUCUUUUCUUUUAUUUGCUUCCAGUAUGUUCUUUGUAGCAGUGAGUCAGUGACCCUUUCCUUUUCCCGUUUUUAAUGAUUAUAUAUAUUUUUAGUUUUUUGAUUUUCGGUUCUGAUUAUGAAUUGCUAUUUCUCUUUUUAUUUUCUUGGAAUUGUCCUUUGCUCAUAAUUGUUUUGAUUGUCUUGUAUAUCAGCAAUCCCUCGGAAUUGAUGAAACAUAUAGAUGAAGUCGAAGGGGUCGAUUGAAGUCAGCUCCACAAGUGUAUGUAGGAAGACUUCUAAGGUAUGGGAUCACUUUUGGAAGUUACCACUUGACACUAAUCGGGAUAGUAGGUUUAGGGAAAAAUUUAAAGAAUGUGGUCAGGCAUAUUUAGCCGAUUCUACGGCUGGAACUUCAAAUUUAAAGCGUCAUAGAGCUAAACGCCAUAGCCAUGUGUCAGAAUCGGGUCGUUAUCCAGUUGUGAAUAAUGAAAUGUUCUGUGAAUUGAUGGCCAAAGCUAUAGUAAGGCAUAAUUUACCUUUUGCAUUUGUGGAAUAUGAAGGGAUAAGAGAGAUACUUAGUUUCUUGAAUCCUACUGUCAAGACUAUUUCAAGAAAUACUUCAAAGGUUGAUGUUUUAAAAUUAUAUCAGAAGCAAAAAAAAUAGUUCAUAAUGAAAUUGCAAAAAUUCCUAGUAGAGUGUGCUUGAGUACUGAUUUGUGGACAUUAAUUACCUUAAAUGAUUACUUUUGUUUGACGGCUCAUUAUGUUGACUUGAAUUGGAUUUUACAGAAGAGGAUUCUGAUAUUCCGUCAUGUGCCUCCUCCGCAUACUGGUCAUGUUUUGGGGCCAAUAUUGAUUAAAUUUUUGAAGGAAUGGGGAAUCGAGAAGAAAAUAUUUUCGAUAACCUUAGAUAAUGCAAGUUACAAUGAGAAAAUUGUGGAUAGUUUGAAAGAGCACUCAAACUUGAUGGAUUCUUUGGUAUGUGACGGGACUUUCUCCAUAUUCGUUGUGCAAAUCGUAUCUUAAAUCUGAUUGUGAAAGCAGGUAUAAAGUCAAUAGAGGCUUCCAUCUUUAACAUAAGAGAAAGUAUUAAAUAUGUGAAAGGUUCUAAGUCGAGGAUAAUAAAGUUUGUGGAUUGUAUCAAGAAUCUUGGAUUGAAGUUGACCUGGAAAGUGCGUCAAGAUGUGCCUAUAAGAUGGAGCUAUACGUUUCUUAUGAUUGCGAGUGCGAUUUCUUAUCGUCGGGGCUUUUUUGACUUUAAAUUACUUGAUGUGAAUUUUCAAUGCUGUCCUUCAUAAAUGGAUUGGUAUAAGGCAGGAACAAUUGCCAAAUUCCUAAAACCUUUUGAUGAAAUCACUACUUUGUUCUCCGGAAGCCAAUAUCCGACGGCCAAUUUAUUUUUUCAAAACGUGUGGGAAUGAAUUUGUUGAUACUAGAAGAGAAAAAUAGUCAACACUCUGAUAUCAGGGAAAUGGCGGAGGAAAUGGAAAAGAAAUUUUCAAAGUAUUGGGAAGAGUAUACUCCAAUUUUAUCUUUGGCAGUCGUUCUUGAUCCUCGAUACAAGUUAAAGUUUGUGAAAUUCUGCUUUUUAAAGCUUGAUUUUUGUCUUGUAACGAAAAAGUGAAGGUUGUUGAAGAUAAUUUGCAUCGAUUAUUUAAGGAGUAUGUGAAAUCUCCAGCAGCUAAUAGCGCAUUGGUGGAAAGUACUGUUGAUGGAUGUGAUAGUGAAGUAAGAGAUGUAAUGGAUGUGUAUGACUUGUUUGAGAGUCAGUCAAAAUCUAAUUCGGAAAAAACACAAUUGGAAGAGCCUGUACUUGUCCGAAAGGGAAAUGAAAAUCUGGAUGUACUUAAAUUUUGGAAAGAUAACAUGAUUAGAUACCCUGAGCUAUCAAUGAUGCACGAGAUGUUUUAAGUAUACCUAUUAGUACUGUUGCGUCUGAAUCAACGUUCAGUAUUGGAGGACGAGUAAUUAGGAAAUAUGAAAGUUCAAUCUUACCGUAAAAAUGCGGAAGCUAAGUUAUGUGCUCAGGAUUGGCUCUACGGACAAGGAGUGGCUCAUGAUUCUGACGAAGAUGAUAUUGAAAUUGAUGUGGAGAAGAUUGUCGCUUGGUGCUGAUAACUAUUAUGGCAUAGGUAAACCAAAACAGAGACACUGUUGCUUGCCAUCUUCUUGUGUACUGUUCUGCACUGUUUUCUGGAUUAUCCAUAGAAAGAAUUCGUAUUGUCGAGUUUUGCUAAAGUUUCAGCUGAGAAUUGUUUGUCGAUUUGCAAAUCUAGAAGAACUGAGAAAGUGUUGCAGGAGACAUGGAAAGAGGCACUUGAACUAAAGAAAUUUUCAAGACAUUGAAGAAUUAGUAAUUAUGUAAUUUUAUUUUAAGUUUUAUCCUGAAGGAAAAGAGAUUGAAGAAUUAGCAAUUAUGUAAUUCUAUUUUAAGUUUUGGAGGAAAAACCUUUGAUUUUUAAUGUACUGAAAAUGUAUGAAAUGAGUUGAAUUUUGUUGAGGUAUUCUGUG